AUGGCCAUUACAUGCAGGCAUGAGAUGCCCCAAGAUCCUAUCAUAUUCUGUGAUGUUUUUGAUGUUUGGGGUAUUGAUUUUAUGGGUCCAUUUCCUCCAUCUUUUGGUUACACUUAUAUUUUACUAGCUGUUGAUUAUGUUUCGAAAUGGGUGGAGGCUAAGGCCACCAAAACUAAUGAUUCUAAAGUUGUUGUGGAUUUUAAAAUAGUGCACCCCAAUAGGAAGGAUUGGAGCAAGCUUUUGGAGGAUGCUCUGUGGGCACAUAGGACAGCUUACCGGACACCUAUUGGGAUGUCUCCUUAUAGGAUUGUGUUUGGUAAAGCAUGUCAUCUACCUGUUGAGGUUGAGCAUAGAGCAUAUUGGGCAGUGAAGAAUUGUAACUUGGCAUUUGACCAAGCUGGUAUGCAAAGGAAGCUUCAGUUGCAGCAACUUGAGGAGCUUCGGUUGGAAGCCUAUGAAAACUCCAAGAUUUAUAAAGAGAAAGUCAAGCGCUUUCAUGAUAGUCAUCUUUUAAGAAAGGAGUUUAAAGUGGGCCAACAAGUAUUAUUGUUCAAUUCUCGCCUAAAGCUCAUUGCCGGUAAACUUAGAUCAAGGUGGGAUGGUCCUUUUGUUAUUACUAAUGUGUUUUCCCAUGGUGCAGUAGAAAUUAAAAAUGAAGUUACUGGCAAAACCUUCAAAGUGAAUGGGCAUCAACUUAAGGAAUUUCAUCAAAGUCCAAAGUUGGAGGACAAAGAUGUGGAGGACAUUUCAUUAGAAGAGCCAACUCUUGGACCUUGA